UUUGUUGUUUGUAUUGCAUUAAUUGUUACCAAAAUGACGCAUACUGGUAUGAAGAUCGUAACAAGAGUAACCAUUUGGAUUUACGAUGGAAACUGACAACGACACUGACCAGAAUACGAUCGACGACAGAGCCGUAAGUGGUAAAACUCAGCGGACACCGAGUGUGACGUUUGGAGGGGUUCAUAUGCUGGCCACGCCGGAUCUUACCGACCCUCCGAUACCAGAAAACCACGACUACGAACCCACAAGGACUCCCUCCGGUAUUCUCCGCAAAUCCAGUGUUCCAAUGGACGGCGGGAUUCCAGCCACGUCUAUCAAUGUCCAACCAGCCACGCCCACAAUAGACACCACGAUACCAAAACGGGCAGAUGAAAACAUGGCGCGCGCACACUUAACAGAGGAGACUCCAAUGCUUCCGGCUAGGCCGACAAACAGAAGCAAAAUAGAGAAGUCGUUUGUUAAUUUCGUUGUGAUUGGUCAUGCUGACUCUGGAAAGUCUACACUGAUUGGACACCUUAUGUAUCUAUGUAAAGGUAUCGACAAAGAGACAAUGAACAGACUAGCGCGUGAGGCUGACCUGGCGGGUAAGGCAUCGUUCAAGUAUGCCUGGGUCAUGGACAAGCUAAAGGGAGAGAGACAGAGAGGGAUUUCUAUCGACAGUAAACUACGGCGGUUCGAGACUUCGAAUCAUUAUGUCGUCAUCAUAGACUCCCCGGGACACCGAGACUACGUUCACAACAUGAUUACAGGCGCAUCACAGGCGGAUGUAGCUAUACUGGUGGUAUCAGCGGAGAAGGGCGAGUUCGAGCAGGGUGUAAAGAGGAGGGGCCAGACGAGGGAACACCUACAGGUGGCCUACUCUCUGGGGAUCAAACAGCUCAUCGUCGCCGUCAACAAAAUGGAGACCACGACACCUCCAUACAGCGAGAUGAGAUACGCUAACGUGAUCAAAGUGUUGUCACCGAUGAUCAAGAGGGUCGGCUUUGACCCAGAUGCUGUAGCCUUCUUACCAAUAUCAGCCUUUGACGGCGACAAUUUGGUGACAAAGUCUGAGAACAUGGAAUGGUUCCACAUGUGGCGCGUGAAGAGAGGUUCCGGUGGAGCAGGGGGCCACACACUUCUAGAGGCGAUGGACCAGGUGGACAUCCCUGUCCGGAUGCAGCACCGCCCUCUCAGGGUCCCGAUACACUCCGUAUACAAACUGGGCGAUAUCGGUAUAGUGACUGCCGGGAGAAUACAUUCUGGAUCUCUCAAACCAAACAUGCCCGUGACCUUUGCCCCGAAUGACAUCAAGGCCAAGGUGAGGGCAGUCCAGGUGUUCCGUGAGGUGAUGACGGAGGUUCAGGCCGGAGACAAUGUCGGGAUACAGAUAGAGAACCUCGGACUGAAGGAUGUCAAGAAAGGAGACGUGUGUGGGGACCCGGGGGACGGCCCACCCAGGAAAGUCAGCAAGUUUACCGCCCAGAUCCUGGUGUUGAACCAUCCUGGUCAGAUAAAGAAAGGAUAUACGCCUCUCCUCAACGUUCACACUGCCAACGUAGCCUGUAAGUUCGUCGAGAUUAAAGAACGAUGUGACCGUCGAACAGGAGAGAUGGCGGAACAAUCACCCUCUUGUUUACGUCCGGGUGAAGUGGGCGUGGUCGAGAUGGUGCCAAUGAAGCCAUUAUGUAUUGAAAGUUUCUUUGAUUAUCCGUCCCUUGGCCGUAUCGUCAUCCGGGACCUAAAACAGACAGUGGCGGUGGGUGUAGUCAUAGAUGUGGACGGUAGGUUAAUACGUACAGACGACGUUAAGAUGAAAGGUCAAGGUCGUUUUGCGUCAAAUAGUUUCGGAGCGGAGUUAGAUAAUGUCACUCUCGGACCAGAAUCUCGGCCAGUAACGGCUGGGGAUCUCCAAAUUGUGAAAACAGGUGGAAUGGAGGCGGCCCAACCAGUCGUAAUCAGAACUGUUCAAGAAGAUUCAGAACAACUUGAGAUGGUCGCAACUGAUCAGGACCAAGCAGCCUUGACCGAUGACAGUAAAAUUGAUGGUCUGGUGGCAGAAAAGGUUACGUAUCGGACCGGGUCUGGAAAACUGGAUCCCCAAACUGUGAAAACAGAUGGAAUGGAGGCGGCCCAACCAGUCGUAAUCAGAACUGUUCAAGAAGAUUCAGAACAACUUGAGAUGGUCGCAACUGAUCAGGACCAAGCAGCCUUGACCGAUGACAGUAAAAUUGAUGGUCUGGUGGCAGAAAAGGUUACGUAUCGGACCGGGUCUGGAAAACUUGAGUCCGAGUUGUGAUGUAUAUUUGAUUGUCUUGGAACUUAGUUAUUGAUUUAUAAAAUACAACGUAAUCAAAUAUUAAUAUGAUACUGUACAAAGGUUAUGUAUUUUGUGUAAAGUUAUACAAGCACGAUGUGUGAAUUCAUGUA